GCAAAGUGUGAAAUGUUAACACCAAACAAAAACAAAGAAACAAACCCCUUCUUAUCUUCUCAAUGGUUGUGAGUAGUUUAACAACAUAACAUGUCUGUCUCUUUUGUACUCUCCACCUCUUUCUCUUUCUCUCCCUCUUCUUCCUUUUCAUUCUCCAAACCAAAACUCCCUUUUCAAUGCUCCUCCUCCUCCUCCAACUUCCCAUCUUCCAAUAUAAAUAAACCACUCUCUUCUCUCUCUCCAACCUUCAACUUCACUUUCGUUGCUCAUUCUUCAUCGAGGGACAAAGACUCGUCCUUCCUAGGAGAGGACUCCGCCUCGUUUGAUUUGGGGGAACAGAAAAUAUCUUCAUGGAUUUCUUUCACUGCUAUUUUGGGACUUGUUCUCUUCCUUCUAAACGUGCUUUGGAUUAAUAAUUCAACUGGCUUUGCCAAACCUUUCGUCGAUGCCGUUUCACACCUUUCCGAUUCUCACGAGGUGGUAAUGUUGACCCUAAUACUCAUAUUUGCCAUUUUCCACAGUGGAAUGGCUAGCUUUCGGAACACUGGCGAAAAACUGAUUGGUGAAAGAGCUUUUCGUGUUCUUUUUGCAGGGAUUUCACUACCUUUGGCUGUCACUACUAUUGUGUAUUUUAUUAACCACAGAUAUGAUGGACUUCAACUCUGGCACCUCAACACUACUCCUGGGAUUCAUCAACUUGUGUGGCUCUCCAAUUUCGUCUCUUUCUUUUUCCUAUAUCCUUCAACCUUUAAUCUUUUAGAGAUUGCAGCAGUUCACAAGCCUAAAAUACAUCUAUGGGAAACUGGCAUCAUCAGGAUAACCAGGCAUCCGCAGAUGGUUGGGCAAGUAAUCUGGUGUCUUGCUCAUACGGUUUGGAUUGGAAAUUCUGUGGCUGUUGCAGCCUCAAUUGGCUUAAUUGCACAUCAUCUAUUUGGCGCCUGGAAUGGAGACAGGCGAUUGGCUAUAAAACAUGGAGAAGAUUUUGAGAUAAUUAAGCGUCGAACAAGUAUUGUCCCUUUUGCAGCAAUUCUUGAUGGCCGUCAAAGAUUACCUAAAGAUUUCUACAAGGAGUUUAUUCGAUUACCAUACUUAACAAUUACUGCAUUAACACUUGGAGCUUACUUUGCACACCCACUUAUGCAGGCUGCUAGUUUCAACCUCCAUUGGUAGGUGAAAAAUAUCAUCUUGUUUUCAUGUAAAAUCAAAUGUUUAGGAUCGAAACGCUAAUGCCGCGUUUUGUAGUGUGCAUCAAUAGACAGAGAUGAAAGAUCAAAGAAAAGAAAAUGGAAAUAAUUGGAAGAAAAAACCAAAAAACUGACAAUGACGGUGCACUUAUAGUAUUGCUGCAUAAACCAUGUUCUAUGGUUCACAGCAGCAUUUCAUAGCUAACUUGUAACUAAAUUUGUAGCUGAUUUGCAACUAAACAGUGUACUAUAGCUAAUCAGUUACAUUGUUAUGGAUGAGUUACACUGAUGUACCAUACAGAUACAGAUACAGACUAAUUAAUCUUGCAAUAUUACAAGAUUGUAGCUGGACCUA